AUGAAGUCGGAGCCCGGCGUGACCGAAAGUGCGGAUCAACCGGUCCUUUCGUACCCUCCGCACGCCCCUCUGCCGAGCAUGCCCCAAGACGUGCGAUACGCUCCCCAAUCCCAUCCAGCUCCCGGCAUGCCCCUCAUGCAAACCCCGUAUGUCCCCGGAGGAUACGCGAGCGGUGCGCCCAUGCACAACGGUGCGGCUCCGCCCCCCAGGACCGAACCUCCGCCGAAAACUUUCCACUGCGGAACCUGUGGCAAGGGGUUCGCUCGGCGCAGCGACCUCGCGAGACAUGAGCGCAUUCACUCCGGCAUCCGUCCACACGCCUGCGACUGGCCCGGCUGUGGCAAGCAGUUUAUCCAGCGAUCGGCGCUAACUGUGCACUCGCGAGUUCAUACCGGCGAAAAACCGCAUAUGUGUGAAAGAUGUGGAAAGCCUUUUAGUGAUUCGUCUUCCCUCGCCCGACACCGUCGAAUUCACUCCGGGAAGCGGCCGUACAAGUGCCCAUACGCGAAUUGCCAGAAGACUUUCACCCGUCGCACCACGCUGACGCGUCAUCAAAACCAUCAUACGGGGACUAUUGAGGAGGCCGCGGCCGAAACGGAAGCCAAUCUUCGGCAGAACAAAGAGCGCUCAAGGGGCCCUGGCGAACCCAUGUUCUCGGAUCACGCAUCGGUCCAUUCAACGCCAUCUCCUGCGCAUUCAGGGAUCUCGGCUGGCGGUGAACUCCCGCCGUUAAACAUGCCUCGUUCGACCGGUGAUUACUACAUGGGCAGUGGCUCUAUCCCGCCUCAUGUUCGCGGGGAUUUCUCACAGGCGAGCCCUCGUGCUUCACCAACGGCGACCUCUCCUUCACUGUCCAGCUUCGGUAGCGCUCCCCACAGCCGACCUUCGAUGACUUCUCACCCCACUGGAUAUGGGCCUCCUCAGCCGCUUGAGCCGCCGGCGAACAACGAUCACCGCCCCAACAGCGUCAGCGGAAGUCCCCAUAUGCCCACCUUGGGUUGGGCUUCCCCUUCGCAUGGUAGCAUCCCAUCCCCGGGCUCGGCGAAUGACUUUCCGUACCCGGAACCUGGUGCUCCCGCGUAUCCGAGUUCAGUGCCUCCUCACAUGUACUUUUCCCAUUCUGCGGGCCGCCGCCCUACCAGCACCGAACCCGAAAACUACGAAAUGAAGCCCAAAAUGGGCGACAACUCCUGGUCGACCCCGGUCUAA